UUCGUCAUGGCCAGCAGUAAAGCUGCUCAGUCGAUCAAUUCAAGAGAAGAACUGAACGAAUUGGUCCGAAGAAGAACAGAAAUAGCGGACACUCUUGCCAAUUUGGAGAGGCAGAUCUAUGCUUUCGAGGGAAGUUAUCUUGAAGACACGCAGUUAUAUGGAAAUAUAAUUCGCGGAUGGGAUCGCUACCUAGCUAAUACAAAAAAUACAAACAGUAAAGCUGAUAAAAGAAACAGAAAAUUUAAAGAAGCUGACCGAUUAUUCUCAAAGUCUUCUGUCACUUCUGCUGCAGCUGUUAGUGGGUUAGCAGACAACAGUGAUAAAAACAGAGAUAGAGAACCACCUUCCAGCCCGGACUCCCAGAACAAUCAAAACAGUGCCAACACACCUCAGACCAAUGGACAGGGACCUGGAUCACCAGGAAGUCACAGUAAUUCACAGAGUCACUCAGGCAAGAUACACAAGGGAGGUGGUCCUAUCCGACACAAAAAGGGCAAGAACAAGUCUCGGCACAGGGUUGAUGCUAAGCUGAAAAAAGGAAGAGAUGCCAUGGGAGAUUAACUAAGGAAAGUGAAGUGACAGAAUCAUUUCAAGUCCCCUUCUUACUUAAUGUUGGUUCAGUUUCCAUGUGCAUAAAGUAUUAUGUGAGGACCAUCAUUGUAUACUUUUCAAAUAUCUAUUACCGGAAACUUUCAGAGAUGCUUUUAAGUGUUUGUAAACAGUUAAAGUAGUAGAUUGAAAAGUUCUUACAUCUGAGGAGGAAGACUCAACAGUAAAAGCAGUGAAGCAAUGUUUUCAGGAUACCAAUUAGGACUCUGUGAGUCUGUAGUACUGGUAUGAGCUUUGAGAGUGUGUCCACUAGACAUUGGUUGCUGGCUUGACCACCUGCUGGACGGCGUGAUUGACCAGUAACAUACUGUGGUCAGUUGAUCUGGAGCUGUUUUACUAGUUGUAGUUCCUGUUUUAAUAGAUACAGAUUUACUCUCAAUAUUGUUGUACUCUGAUUUUAAUUGCUACAAGGAAGCGUAGCUCUGUUUUGCAUCAUCAUCACAGCUUAUCCUUGAAUUAUACACCAAAACCUGUUCAGUUGGACAUGGUAUGUAAAUGAUGUAAAGAGAAAGGAUACAUGCACUAUAGUAUAUAUACAUCUCAAAUUACUAUUUGUUUUGAAUCGGACAAAGCUGGAGUAAAAAUUCAAAGCAUUAUUUUGAUGUAGAAUCUAAAAGUAAAUGUGAAAUAAAGUGCAAUGCUUGAGCGAUUCUGUGAGACAUCAACAUUAUUUGGCCAUUUAUUUCCUGUUUAGGUAAGGAGUAUGUUAUGGUUUAAGUUAACCUGUACACGUAGAAUGUCUUCAGUUGUGGAUGUUGUAUGAACCAUGUGGUAUUUAGAAAUACUGAAUGCCUUGGCAUGUGUUUGUGAUAUUGUACUUUAAAUGCUCCCUAUGUUGAUUUUAAGAUUCAAAACUAAGAAAUAAAAACAUCCUUCUUGCAA